AUGCCUACGGUUGGAAUUAAGAAGGUUGUCCUCGACAAGCAUUUUCAGAGGGUUUACAGUGAAAAGGAGUUCGAUGAGCUCUGUUUUGAGUAUGGUCUUGAACUUGACGAAAUUACUUCCGAGAAAGCUGCUGUGGAAAAGGAACGCCAUGUAGAUGAGAAAGAAGCGUCGGCGUUAUCGGACCAAGAAGUCUACAAAAUUGAUAUCCCAGCUAAUCGCUAUGAUCUUUUGAGUGUGGAAGGUCUUGCCCGCGCUAUUCGUAUUUUCAAGAAAGAAAUCAACCAACCAGAGUAUAAAGUAGUGAAACCAAGUGGACCUACUCAAAUAAUUAAAGUCAAAAAAGAGACUUCAUCUGUUCGUCCAUUUGUAGUUGGUGCCGUUUUGCGUGAUAUUCAGUUUGAUGCAGAUAAUUAUGCAUCUUUCAUCGAUCUCCAGGAUAAACUGCAUCAAAAUAUCUGCAGGAAACGAACACUUGUUGCUAUAGGAACUCAUGAUCUAGAUACUAUUGAAGGUCCUUUCGAGUAUAGAGCGGAAUUACCUAAGGAUAUCAAGUUCAAACCCUUGAAUCAAACCAAAGAGUAUACCGCCGAGGAAUUGAUGACUCUUUAUGCUACUGAUAGUCAUCUGAAAGCCUACUUGCCUAUUAUUCAAAACCAUGAACGCUAUCCUGUUAUCUACGACAGUAAAGGUGUUGUAUGUUCACUCCCUCCAAUCAUUAAUGGCAUGUUGACUUCAAGUAAUGCCUCUAGUCAUAUAAUUGUUGCAGGAGAACAUUCUAAGAUCACCCUGAACACUAAGAAUGUUCUUAUUGAAUGUACCGCUACCGACUUGACGAAGGCUAUUGUAACGCUGGACACUAUUGUUUCUUUAUUCAGUCAAUACUGUGCCAAGCCUUUCACUGCUGAGCCUGUUCAAGUUGUGUAUGAAGAAGAUGGAAGAGAAGAGUUGUACCCUAAACUCACUUAUCGCGAUGUCAGUGUGAAGACACCAACUAUCAACACAAAAAUUGGAUUCCAAUUGGAUGAAACCACUAUGGCUGAUCUUUUGACUAGAAUGUCCUUAACUGCUACAGUAGUUGGUAAAGAGUCUCUAAAAGUUAAAAUCCCUCCAACACGUCACGACAUUCUACACGAAUGUGAUAUCGCUGAAGACGUUGGAAUCGCCUACGGUUUCAACAACUUAGUUGUUGGACUACCAGAGUCUAACACGGUUGCGAGUGCUCUUCCUGUGAAUAAGCUUUCUGAGUUGUUAAGGCAAGAAGUGGCCAUGGCAGGUUGGACUGAAGCUCUCAGUUUUGCCCUAUGCAGCAGAGAAGACAUUUCUACGAGGCUUCGUAAACCUGAAGCUCUCAAUGAAGCAGUUCAUAUCUCGAAUCCAAAAACACAAGAGUUUCAGGUUGCUCGAACUUCCUUACUCCCUGGUGUUCUGAAAACUUUGUCUUCAAAUAGAGAUAUGCCACUGCCUUUGAAACUGUUUGAGUUACAAGAUGUUAUUCUUACUGAUUCCACGACUGAUGUUGGAGCUCGCAACGAGCGUCGGUUAGCUGCCGUUUAUUACAAUAAGUCUGCUGGGUUUGAAAUUGUUCAUGGAUUUCUUGAUCGUCUUAUGCGACUUCUCGAUGUGAAUCCCGGAAAAACAGACAAGGGAUACUAUAUUGUUGCAGAAGAUGAUGCUACCUAUUUCCCGGGAAGAUGUGCGGCUAUUUACGGUCCUAAUAAUGUUAAAAUCGGCUAUCUGGGUUCUCUACAUCCUGAAGUAAUAACAUCUUUCGGGCUCACACUUCCAUGUGCUGCAAUCGAGAUUAACCUCGAACCAUUCAUCUGA